AUGUCGAUCGCUGUAAGCUGUAAUAAUGAAAUGCUCGUCGCAAGAAUUAUAUGCGAAGCGAUGAUGAUCGGUCUUAUUGCUUUGGAACCAGUGAAAAAUCCCUAUUUAAAAGUAUUCGUUCAACGUUUGCUCGCUGUCUUUAUUUUGGACGAAUUGGUUAUUAUGACAGAAGGAUAUAUUCUGUAUACGGAUACGUAUGCUGAAUGGAAAGCAGUUUUCUGGCGAACACAUGAGAUUAUUCGAGUAUUUAUUAGUCUGUCUUUAUGUUAUCCAAUGUCGUUGUUUAUCGGAGAAAACGGACAGAAAUAUAGAAAUGGACAUUCUGGAAUGAACCACAUCGCCUUUAUGCUUAUCUUUUUAUUUACUUUUUAUCAAUACGUUCAGCUUCGUAGACAAACUCGAGGAGAAGUCCCACGACUGAAAAGUCUAAUGGCUAUAGAAUCUAUGUUAAUUAUUUUAAACCUGAUAUUAAUAGCAUUAUUUCUUGCUCGUGGAUAUGAACAAAAAGCUCUGCCAACGAUCAAAAUUACCAUGACAAUAUUACAGUACCAUAAAUUCUAUAUGAUUAUUUCGGUAAUGACAUAUUUUGAGUGA